GUGAGUCCGCGCGAGCGCGUCGUAUCGGGAGUAGUGUCGUGUUCUUAUCAGUUAUCGGAUCGCAUUAUUCGAAGAGAUCGAGUCUUGUCCCAAGAUUUGGCACGUCGCGUCUGUCGCGGUCCCUCUUCUUUCACUUGUCGUGUCUUCUUCUUUUCGUCGUCCUCUCUCUCUCUCUCUCUCCUUCUCCUCUCUCUUCUUUACGCGCUACGCACGCGGGGCAUUAUGCUCGCGGCCGACGAGCGCGUCCGCGAUAGAAACGGCGUCCUUGUCAACGCUGAGGCUGCGGGAGAGGCUGGUCGCGCGGAAAACCUUUGACACGCUGGCGAUCAACCCUAUCCUUAACACAACACCAGCGGAAUCCAGUCGAUCGUAGGAGCGACCCGUGUUUUCGGAAGGUGCAUUCUCGUCCCCACCUUUCCUCCUCCCGUUUUCAGAGAGAGCCUUACUCCGACCUAAAUCCCGUUGUAGAUCUCGUCGUUCUCGAGGAUCACUCCCUCUCUUCCCUUCCCUCGCGAGAACUAUUCUCGAGUCAUGAGCUCUCGAGCGAUCGAAGGCUGCCGAUCGUAAUCUCGAAAGUGCAAAUUUCUACGGCCUGAUAAGAUUUCUUUUUAUUCCUCUUGUUUCUCCCUGUCUAUUCCUCUCUCAUCGGAAUCGUUCUUCUCUUUUUUCGCGCCGUCGGAGAUCUCGAGUAAGUAUUGCAAGUCGAAUUCGAGAUUUUGGAGAUUCAGGAGAGAGAGAGAGAGAGAGAGAGAGAGAUGGAAGCCGCCGUCGGUUUAAACCAGAUGCGGGAACCGACGUCGGGGCGACAACGGUGGUGAACGAAACGCGCCGUAGCCGUGUUAAGGUGCGACGACAAGACAGGCGGAAAGAGAUCCUCGAUAGAUAGAGAAAGAGAGAGGGAAUUAUGCCAGACAAAAAUCCGGGCCGCCGAAAUGGACAACGCGAAAACAAAGAUUUCCUCGCCGGCGAGAUAUCAUCCAUCGGCAUGUCGUUGCGGCCCAGCGGGAGCGCAUCCUCCGGCAUCUCGACCCUCGCAAGUUGCGGUGAGGUCGAUGCGCUUCCCGAGCUUCCGGCUCAGGAUGAAGAACGUCUGCAGCGCGCCGCGCGUCUGCUGCAGCAGAGGCUGGUGCUACGUCAAUGGUUGACGGAUCAUGGCCUACACAACUAUUAUCAAAAGUUGAUGCAGAUGGAGGUGAUGUCCCUGGAGGAUGUAUAUUGGGUGGAGGACAAUGCGGCACGAGCAGCCCUUGGCAAGGAUCUACCGCGAUGGAUGCAGGCCAGACAGACAUUGCCUACUUCAAAGGAAGAUUUAGAAACUUUAAAAGCGGAUCUGUGGAGUGCCGUUGUAAAGAACAGCCAACAUCAGGACGCUUGGACAUGGGGUGGUAUGCUGGUAGUUUCCGUGUCGGUGGCAGGGCUGGUUACCCUGGCUGCUAUGACGCAGCCCGCUCUGGCACCCGAAGCGAAACAUUCCCUUCUGCAAUACGUCACAGGAAAAUAUUUAUUGCCGAGCAAUUGCCGCGUUCAUUUCGAGUGGGAAGAGCCUCAGCUGGUCGGCGAAACGAUGACUUUUACUGUAAAAUUUUAUCAGCGCAACGGUCAGCCAUAUCCGAUAUGUGACAAGGAUAAUUUGAUCGUGGAAGUAACGGAAGAUACACGCAGGGUGGCUACGUUGAUAGAACUGGGAGGCACCGAUCCCUUAGCUGCGAAUACUGCAGUAGUCAAGUUUACUGUCCGCCAUGCGGGACAAUAUCGAAUAGCUGUACUUAUCGGAUCGUGUCAUGUUCAUGGCAGCCCGUUCCUUAAGAAUUUUCUUCCUGGCCCUCCGGAUCCAAAUAAGACGGUCUUUGUACGACAAAGUUCUACGGUCGUUUGUACAGCCGGAAUAGCGCAUUCGAUGACAAUAGAACCACGUGACGAAUAUGACAAUCUGUGCAUAUUUGGACCCAAGGAUCAACCCACUGAAGGCUAUAAUAUUAAUAUUUCUCAGAUCGGUAGUAUAGGAGAUAAAGAAUCGAUGGUAGACUGCAGUAUUCAGCUCGACUACGAUUCUCCAAAUCAAAGAAUUCGUUUGAAAGUAAGCUUCCCGAAAGGCGGAUGUUAUCACGCGACUGUCAGUUUAGCGGGAUUGCAAUUGCACAAUGGAGAUUUUGAUAUCAUCGUGCUCGAAAGUUCCGUCGCGAGAAUGGUGCAUAAUAAUGUAGCGUCCAAGGAUCCCGAUAUUUGUUAUGCCGCGAAGCUGUUGGGCAUGCAAGGAGAGAGAUUUUCCAAACCAAAGAAAGUCUUCUGCUUUAUCUCGCCUAAACAACUUACGAUUAAGGAAUAUUUAUUAAAAUUCAUUCCCAAAAGACUCGUAACAUUUAGACUGUGCCCUUCGACUAAGUUCCAUUUUGAAAGUUCAACUAAUCAGCACGAGGGCUAUUAUCCUUUUUCGAUAGACGAUGGAUGUCAACCACCCGUUGAAUUAAUAUCUUUGUACCGCGAUAUAAUAGCCGCCACAUUUACUCUAUUUCUUUUGAAAAACAUCGGUGGCAGUGAGACGUUCGCCGAUAAACAAGACUUUUUCUACCACGAGGUCCGUAAGCAUCAUCAGAAGCAUUAUCAUGAAAAAUUGUCGAUGAAAGUGCAGCGCGAUAAGCUUUUAGAAUCGUCUAUGAAAGCCACUAAAGGAUUUUCCGUAAGCGAGUGGUGCCGAAAUUUUGAAAUCACUUUUCAAGGCGAACAAGGCGUUGAUUGGGGUGGUGUGCGACGCGAAUGGUUCGAAUUAAUAUGCGCCGCGCUGUUUGAUCCGGGAAACGGUUUGUUCGCAUCGUUUGGAGAAUCGCAGCAGGCAUUGGUCCAUCCAAAUCCGAAACGGCCGCCGCAUCUUAAAUUGAAACACUACGAAUUCGCUGGACGUAUUGUAGGCAAGUGUCUUUACGAGUCGGCGCUCGGUGGCUCCUAUCGUCAGUUAGUACGAGCGCGAUUCACCAGAUCAUUCCUGGCACAGAUUAUAGGACUUCGAGUACAUUACAAGUAUUUUGAGCAAGAUGACCCUGAUUUAUAUUUAAGUAAAGUGAAGUACAUUCUCGAGAAUGAUGUUGAGGAAAUGGAAUUAUACUUCGUUGAAGAGGAAUAUGAUAAGGAUGGUCAACUGUUGAAGGUAGCGGAAUUAAUUCCUGGUGGUAGCAAGAUUCGAGUGACCAAUGACACAAAACUUCGUUAUCUAGACGCGCUCGCUCAGCAUCGGCUUGCCAGUUCCAUUCGCAAUGAAGUCGAUCAUUUCUUGCGCGGUCUCAACGAAUUGAUUCCCGAUAAUCUCUUAGGAAUAUUCGACGAAAAUGAAUUGGAGUUGCUGUUAUGCGGAACCGGCGAGUACAGCGUAGCGGAUUUGCGCGCGCAUCAUAUAGCUAAUGGAAGUUCUCCGGAAUUUCUCCGAGUGCUCGACUGGUUCUGGACGGCGGUGAGCAAUUUUACGCAGGAGGAAAUGGCGCGGUUGCUCCAGUUUACCACGGGCUGCUCACAAUUACCACCCGGUGGAUUUCAACAAUUGAGUCCACGUUUCCAGAUCACAGCUGCCCCAACGUUUGCUAACUUACCCACGGCACAUACCUGCUUUAACCAACUUUGCUUACCCGAUUACGAGUGCUACGAUCACUUUGAACGAGCGUUGCUAUUGGCCAUCAGCGAGGGUACUGAAGGUUUCGGCAUGAUCUAAUCAGGAAUCCGCUAAAUUUCUAGUCGAGUCUAAUUAAAACAGCACUGUAUUAUUAUAUCAGCAAAUAUGUAUUCAUCUUUCCUCUGAUGAUAAAAAAUCAUGCGUCCUCUUUCGCGAAAAAUAGGUCCUGUCACAUAAGUUUAUCCCCUUAGUAACUUCCUUGCCGUUGGCGAGGUCGAGAGAAGAUAGUAACUUUAUCACGCACGUUUUGUAUACAUAGACAGUUAGAGAGAACUCUUUUUUAGAAUCAUCUUUCUUCUAUGUUACGCCGAAGACUAUCAGGAACAAUCUAAUCUUCCGACGAGUGUGGAGAAUGCAGUUCUAUUGAACCGCGGCGACAUUUUUAUAAAAUGGAAGAUGUCCAGAGCAAGAGCAAUGUUACCUCAACAUCAAAGUUGCUCAAUAUUAUUAUAUCGAGACAUAGCGUAGUCGAAAGCAUAACGAUAGGUUUUGUGUUAUGUGAACGUAAAGAGAAUUAAUGCGUUCCUCGUACGAUAAUUGUAGUUAACGUCGCAGUAUAAUGACAUACGAUAGAACAAAUCAAAAUACACAUAUAUAACUUUUCCUUUCUUCGCAGGUAAGCAUUAUAUGUAAGGAGAGAUCAACGCAUUUGAUGAAGGGAUCAUUGUAGCAGUGUAUAACGUUCCAUUUAUCAGUAUUUCUUUUUUCUUCAACACAUUCUUGUCAAAUGGCGCACAAUAUGUGAUUUUAAAACGACUUAAAAACGAUACUAAUACAUUGAAGCUUUGUGCCUAGCA